GGGUUGUGGUGCUUUACACUCGGUGGAGAAGUAUUGCUGCGUCUGUCAAAGCCAGAAAGAGGAACUGUUUCAGUCUGCUGUGAUUUAACCGUUCUGUAAACGUAUUGUUUAAUGAUUAAAGCUGCUUCACGCUGUCAACUAAGGAAUGAGGAGCAAGACUUGAGAAAUACUGUCGCAUCUCGCCUCAAUUCAAUCCAGCGAUCAGAUUCUGUUUUAAAUUUGGACCUUUCACAGUAAAUUAGCUGAAUGGAGCAACAGCGGGCCAUGUGUAGCUUCACCCCGGGUGGGUCUGCAGGCUGCGGGGCUGGGGUCUCCAACGGUCAGCCCAACAUGCGUUUGUUCAUCACCUCGACCACCGGCAGCCCGGUGGAGCUCACUGUCCCCCGGGGGGAGACUGUGGAGGGACUGAGGACACAUAUCUCCCACAAAAUCAGACUGCAAACUAACAGAAUCGUGCUCCUGUAUAGAGACAGGCAGCUGACUGCAGGCAAACUGUUGGAUCUGGGUGUAACAGAUGGAAGCAAACUGACCCUGGUCCCUGCCAUUGAAGCUGGUUCAGCGUGCUCCACUGCCAGAACUGAGAGAACUAUGAUGGACGUCUUGGAAAGUUUAACAGAAGUCCAGAUCAGUGACUUCCUGUCUGGGCGCUCACCUCUAACCAUAAACCUGGGAAUUGGUGCCCACACAAUGUAUGUGCAGCUCCAACUGUCUGCACAGAACGUGGCGGAGCUGCAGCAGCACCGGGACUUGAGAGCUGGGAGCAGCAGCGAGCUUCAAAUCGGCCUAACUCCUGUCGCCAGGAUGAGCCCCCCUGACUCCUCCAACAAUACUACAACAUCCACCUCACCUGCUUCCCAAACCUCAGACUCUUCAGACUCUACAUCCUCGAUUCAACUGAGUGCUCAAAGAGCCAGAACUUCCUUUUACUCAGCAGCUCCACCCCAGCACUCACUCACCACGGCCCCUCCACAUCAGUCCUGUCCUCCCCGCUCUACAAACACAUCUCCUGUUCUUUCAAACCCUUCUUUGCCUUCUGUUUGCCCACAUCCCAGCUGUCCACUACCAGCAGCCUCACCGGUCUCUUCACCUGCUCCCACCGGCUCCAUCUCUGGACCCCCGAGCCAAGCGGCAGCCUCGACCUUCAAAGAGAGUAGUGUUCAUGCUUCAUCCACUGCAGAGGUGUGCAAGCAGCCAGGAGCUGUCAUCGAAAGUUUUGUCAGCCACUCUCCAGGCGUCUUCUCUGGGACUUUUUCUGGCACUCUGGCCCCAUGCAGUCAAACGGGCAUCAGACAUCCUCGACGUGGCUUCGGCAUCAUUCUCCAGAUCCUCAACGACCUACUCAGAGCUGCCUUCCACCACCAGGGGGCUCAACCUGCCCCUCAUCAUCUCCGCAGUCCUGAUUCAAACCCUUCAUCUGGCCCGCUCCUCACAGCGAAGGAGCCAAGCAAAGACGAAAGCAAAACACAAGCGACCCAGAGAGCGGAGCACCUCAAUAAAACUCCAGGUGAGGAGAGUCCCCCCACAUGCUCCCCCACACAGGAAAACCAAACAUUGCACUGUAAGCUCGAGCGGCUGCAGUUCUUGAUGCAUCAGAGGCGUCUUCGCAGGCGGACACGCAGGAACUCACAAACGUCUCACCCGUACCAGCAUCGUCAUCAUCGUUUUUAGUGUCCUGGACGGAAAAGAUCCACUCACUGUGAUCCCAGUGGCAGCUUUCUGGAGUCUGAAGGAACCAUUGUGUUGACCAGAGCUGACCUCUGAACUUUCUGAAGAAUGUAAGCCCAAAAUGUCCGAAGAGUCUGAUCCUGUGGCUGUCACCGUGCUGAGCUUUCAUCUGAGUCUGUCCUUCAGUGACAAUGGAUCUCAUUGUUAUGCCACGAAAGGUUACACUGUGCAUUUUCAUGUUAUACAUUAUGGUGUUUGUACAAAGACCUUGUACUGUAUGUAUGUACCGGUAUGUAUGUUUGUUUAUUCCAAUGCCUUAAAUGUACAUGUCUUGAAUGUAAACUGUAUGUUUUGUUCUGUGCUGAGGAUGUUCCUCUAAAAUGUUUUGCUUUUUCAAAAUUAAAAAAACACAAGGAGAAGAAAAGAAGAAUAAAGGAAAACAUUUAAAAACCUGAUUUCUGUGACAAUAUAGCUGCCUUUAUCUGUCUCCUAAAGU